UCUUCAUUAAAUAGUGAUUAUCAAUCUCCAGUACACAAAGCUGCCUCAUCAGGUUCUACUACAAUGCUAAACUACAUCAUAUCUCAGUAUAAUCUUGAUGCUAACCUGCCUGAUCCUGCUGGUCAAACACCAUUGAUGUACUCCUGCUCAUCAGGUAGCAUUAAUGCUGUUGAUUAUCUCAUUACUUGUCAUAACAGUGAUCCUAAUAUCACUGAUCUCAAUGGUAUGACAAAUCUUCACCAUUCUUGUCGUAAUGGCCAUAUUGAUGUCACUCAAUAUCUCAUUGAGGUACAGCAUUGUGAUGUUAAUAAAACAGAUAAUAAAGGACGCACAUUAGUACAUCAUGCUGCAAGUAGUGGUAAUUUUAAUUUAGUUCAGUAUCUUAUUACUGAACAAGGUUUGUCUCCUACUGCAGUCGAUAAGAAUGGCCUCACUGCUUUACAUUAUGCUUCCCGUACUCUCAAUUUGCACCUUGUUCAAGAAUUAGUAGUUACCCAUCAUUUGGAUCCGCAACGAGCAGCCAAAGAUGGUAGACUUCCAAUUCAUGAUGCUGCUCAAUCUGGUGCUAUUUUUAUACUGGAUUACUUUGUCAAGUCUUGCAAAUGCAACCUUAAUCAAAAAGAUACAAAAGGUUGUAGUGUUUUUCAUUAUUCAUCCACAAACGGGAACUCCCAUUUUGUAAAGCAUGUCAUCAGCCAGUAUCCUAAAUGCAAUAAGUUGCUGCAUGCUACUGAUGACAUGGGUAAUUUACCACUACAUGUUGCUUGCCAGAGUGGUAAUGCCCGACUAGUCACAUUUUUAAUAGAUGAUAUGAAGUGUGAUGUCACAGCUACCAAUAAACGUGGUAAAAGUUGUGUCUCUCUUGCCUGUUCCUCAAAUAAUCUUAAUCUAGUUCAGUUACUUGUACAGCAAUACAAGCUCAAUCCUUUUGCUGCUGAUAAGUAUGGCUUUACACCAUUACACGUAGCAGCAGAAAGUGAUUCCAUAGAUAUACUGGAAUGGUACAGUCAGCAGUAUGGUGUGGAUAUUGCCAACCACAGCAGCAGAGACAAAUACACUUUAGCACAUUUAGCUGCUUAUAUCGGUGCAUUAAAAUUUCUGAAGCAUCUGAUUGACAAGUAUCAGUGUGAUGUUAAUGCCACUACUACCAAUGGUAGUACAAGUCUUCAUUUGGCAUGUGAAGGUGGUCAUCUCCCUGUUGUUCUUUAUCUCACUAGUCUCCCUCAGUGUAAUGUAGCAGCUACCACUUUAGAUGGAUCUACGGUUCUUCACAAAACCUGCAUAUGUAUUUUCAAGGAAUCUUUUCCAAUGCUCAAGCACCUGGUUGAGAAUCAUCAGUUAGAUCUGUGUGCUGUUAAUGAUAAUGGAAUGGCGCCUAUUCAUAUAGUAUGUAGUAAUGGAAAGUUAGACUCUGUCCAGUACAUUAUAGAACAUUCACCAUCACUGCUUGAACUGCCUGAAAGUGUUCACGGUUACACUCCAUUCCUUAUUUCAGUAUCAUACGAUCAAUUAAAGGUUAUUCAGUAUCUUAUUAGUAAAAAUUGCAAUCUGUCUACUUCUAGUGAUGCAGGUUUUAAGUCAGCUCAUUUAUCAGCAAAUUAUGGUUGCUUAACUGUAUUGAAGUAUCUCGUUGAUAAUAAUUAUUGUGACCUUAAUGGAACUGAUCAUCAAGAGCGUACACCACUUCACAUUGCUAUACUGGCUGAUCAAUUUGAAAUAAUCGAGUAUAUACUAAACAAGUCAAUUCCUUUGGUGACUGUUGAUUGGCUUCGUGAAGUCAAAUAUUCAUUAGACAGUCCUCAAGACUUGCACACUACUAACCUUCAUUUUAAUGUACAAGACCAUGAUGGCAACACUCCCCUUCAUCUUGCUUGUGAAAAAGGAAAAAAGGACAUUGUAUCUCUGUUAGUAAAAUCUUUCCACUCCAGCAGUUAUUUCUUAAUUGCUAACAAAAAAGGAGAGACACCAUUACACUUGAUAGCUGCUGUUGGUAGUAAUGAUGCUGCAGAAGCUUUGCUUGUUUCAGUCACUGGCUCUCUCCGGAGUGAGCUUUUUGCCACUUGUGAUAAUGAAGGGUGCACUGUGUUUCAUACAGCCUGCAGUAAUGGUCAUCUUGAUGUCUUUCGAUUUUUUUGCAAUGUUUAUCCCGAUGGUGUUCAUGUAAUGGAUGAUAAACAUCGUAGUUUACUUUAUGCAGCGUGUAAAAGUAGGAAUACUGAGAUAGUAAAGGGUCUCAUUGAAAAGUACAAACUAGAUCCUGAGUCUAAAGAUAUAGAUGGUACUUCAUGUCUGCACUUGCUAGCUGGAAGAGGCCAUGUUGAAAUGUAUCGAUAUUUGAAGCAAUACAUUCACUCUACUGCAAUCCCUUAUAACAAGAUUGGUCGUACUCCACUUCAUUAUGCUUGCAGUUCUGGUAGGAUGAAUAUGGCAAUUUAUCUCAUAGAAACCUACUCCUGUUCUCCUGAUGAUCCUGAUUAUAAUGGCUAUACAGCAGUUCAUGCAGCAUGUGAAUCUGGUAGCAUCGAGUUAGUUCGCUAUUUCUUAACAAAUCUAAGAUGUAAUGCAUACACUGAAACCAAAGAGCUACAAACUCUUCUUUAUUUUGCUAGUAAGAGCUCUAAUUUAGAGCUCGUUCGAUAUCUAGUCAAUGUAUUCAGGCUAAAACCUCGUCCACAUGAUAUUGAAGUAGCUCAGUUGAUGAAUCCUGAUUCAUCAGUAGUGAAGUAUCUUCAGAAAGUUCAUACUGACAUGAUUCUUGAUAUGGUGGAGGAAGAGAGGAGGAAAGCAAAGGAGGGAGGUUAUCAUGAAAAACUGGUGGAGCUCCCUGAAGAACAAGGCACAAAAUAUCAACAAUGAUAUUAUCAUUUAAUUAUUUGAACUAUCCUUACAGUACCACUUUUUUUACUUUUACAUGGCAUAUUAUAAUUUU